AGCUCAGUUCUUGGCAACGACGUCCUUGUUACCCGGCGGGUGUGUGCCAAAAACAAAAUAGCUUCAAUCAACUCAGCCGACACACACCACUGACGUACUUGCCGAACAACAGAAUAUCUCACAAAAAGUUGAGGUAUUGAUUUACCUGUACUCCUCCCACCUCCACUCGUUAUAGUCAGUCCUCUGUAUACUUACUCCAUUGUAUGAAUUACCAGUCAAUCGCUUCCAAGGUACGAUAUACCAAUCUCCCCAAAGCUCCUCCUCACAUGCUUGCAUCGAGAAUUCACAAUCCCCGCAACCACCACCACCACCACCAACCCCUCAAUAACUAACCACCGCACCAACCUACCUCCAGCACUCACUCCCGCGCAAUCACAAUGGCCGACACCGCCCCCGCGACGACGACAUCCCCCACCUCCCGCGCUGUCUCCCGCCCCGUCAGCGAAGCCCUCCUCAACGAGAAGUGGGACCGCUGCUUCUCCAACCUCAUCAUCAAGUCCUCCCUCGGCCUCGGCUUCGGCGUAGUCUUCUCAGUCCUCCUCUUCAAGCGCAGGGCGUGGCCCGCCUUCGUCGGCGUCGGCUUCGGUGCCGGCAGGGCGUACGAGGAGUGCAAUUCCAGCUUGAAGCAGGCUGCCAAGGAGAUCAGGAAGCAAGCCUAGAUCACCAAAUCAAAUUCACGCAAAAAAUAAAACCACAAAAACAAUCGAUACGCAGGGGUAGAUAAGACAGACGAGGCAAGAGAGAGGAAUGGCGCUGGAAGAGAAGGAGAUUCCGAGCUAGUGAUGGGUGGUUUGGGGAAACAAGUGUACAAAAAUUCUCUGGUGUGUCAAAAAUCACCUUACUUAGACGAGUAGGAAGAAGGGAGAGGGGAAUGAGAAGAUGACGGUUGAACUUAUUUUCUCGACAUUUAUAUAUGGUGGUGUUUGUCAUGUGCUUCUUUGGGGGAUCUCUUUGACAGGAGAUAUGACAUCGGGGUUAAGCAAAGCUGAUACAUAUUCUAGGUGCGCG